AUGUCGCUGAAGGACCUUUACCAGACCUUCUUGGCCGAUCCCAAGUCUGCGUCCCUGGCCUCCGAUGUUUCGCUGAUCUAUAUCCCCACCACCACCAAAAUAGAUGGUGCCGACGCGGUGCGCAACCAUCUCACCAGACAGGACCACGUCCUCAAGAGAAAGUCGCAACAGGUUCUGGAUACCAUUGAAGGCCCCAGCUCGCUCUGUCUGGAUGUCGAAGCCACCGUCGAGUUUGUCUCGGGUGGUGGUCCGUUCCUUCUUGCGCUUGACGAUAACUUCCUGUCCGAUCGCGUCGCGACUUUCCCCACGGUCCAUAUCGUUCGCUUCAAUUCCCAAAACCAAAUUCAAAAUGUUCGCGUCUACUGGGAUCAGGCCUCGCUGCUGAAGCAGGUCGAGGUGAUCGGAGCUCGUGGCCGUGUUUGGCCCAUUCGCGACGCUAAAGACCAGACUCGCCUCAUCAAAUCCACCGUCGCGUCAACACCAUCGGCAACUACCAACGACCGCCCCGCCCCCACCCCGGCUGCGCCAACACCGUCGCUGUCCGCUGACCAGGAGAAUGCGCCCCCGAAGAGGGUCGGUUCGCCGGGAAAGAAGCAUAUCAAGGAUCCCUACGCGUCGGAGUCGCUGUUCGAUCUGCUUUCGCCCACCAAGGACCGCGAACAACCCGUCCGCGCUCCUCGCGCCCCGGCCUCGGCCAAGCCCCCGCAGCGCGACCUGAGCGAGCUCUUUGUGGGUGACGAUGAUGCCGACGCACCCGACCCAACCCCUUCCAAGCCCAAGACGAUCGCCCCUAAAGCUGGAGCCGGCAAGCACUUCAAGCCUUCUCGCAUCUUCGGCGGGGAUGACGAAGACGAACCCGCAUCGACGCCCGUUGCCCCCAAGGUAGGCGCGGGAAAGCACUUCCGCGCGUCGCGCAUCUUCGACGACGAUGAGACCGUUCGUUCCCAGGAGAGCCAUGAGCAGAUCGCCUACCGCGCACAUCCCAAGCGGUUUGAGCACUUUGAGCUUGGCGCUGACAACAGCGAACGUGAGAUUAAGCCCAAGACCACGCGACCCCUCUCGAGACAGGGCCCGCAAUGGAACUUCGAGGACUUUGCGACUCCGGAGAAACCGCGUCGUCAGCUUCGCGGCGAGGAGGUGCGCCACUUUGGAUGGAGCGACGACGAGCCCGACCUCCAGGACUCACCUCCGGCCAAACCCCGUAUGGUGCAGCCCCGUCGUGACGCCGAGACUCACUUCCAAUUGACCGACGAGAUCGAGGAACCCGCUCAGGGUCGCAUCAUCAGCUCCUUCGGAAACCGCGGCAAGACGCUCUACAACAACCCGCUGUACAACGAAGCCGAUGACGAGCUGCCGGACAAGUCCAAGGCGGCCGCUAACAAGGCUCCUCUCUCGAUCAUGCAGAACGGUCCUAAUCGUAAGAAGGACUUCGAGAGCCACUGGGAGGUCACGGAUGAACUCCCAGCCCGCAGCAGCGCGAACAACACGGAAAACCAGAAGCCCAUCGCCGCAGACCGGCAGAAGGCUGUCAGGAUGAUGGAGGCGCAAUGGGAGGCGUACGAUGAAUCUCCGCAGCCCAGCAAGCCGCAGCCUCUGCCCCCGCACCGCCAAUCCGUGCGAGAGAUCAACAAGCGAACCUGGAACCUUGGCGACGAAUAG